AUGGCGUCUUACACAGUGGUCAUUGUCCCUCUCAGGAGCAGUCUUACCAGUCUGGAUGCAGUGCAUUUCUUCCUCUGGGUGAAAAAACUGAAGGACCUGGAGAGGGAAAAGGACCUUCUGUGGAUGGGAUUACAAGGUUUAGAGCAGGUUCGAGAGAGGUUCUGCUCGAACCUGAAAGACAACAUGGAUGUGCAAGAGAAUUCCAGAAAAAAAGAGAUGAGAAAAGCACUUGAGUUUCCAGACACCCCCACCCUGUUGUUGGCUCAGAUCCACAGAGUGAACAGGACCUUGAGGAAUCUAUUGUGCGACUCCAGGAAUCCCACUGAUCCUGCAAUUGAAGGUGUGAUGUUCCUUUAA